AUGGAUUCAUACCUUCUCGUGGUGUCCGGUGUUGAUCCCCGUUGGGGAGACCAAAGUGAAUCCGCCGUGGUUGUGCGGGCCGGCCCGGUGCGGUUGGUGCCCGUGCCCCGCACCAAAAUCAGGGGACAACGGGAUACGAAAACCAUCCGACUUCUUUUUACCCGACUCGCACUCGGGCCCAAAAGCUGGUCUUGCAGUACCAGUGAAAGUGGUGUCGCCCUAGAACGAAGACAGGACACCCCUGAGCUUGCAUACGGUCUGGGAUCGCAUCGUAUGCGAUGCGGCGAGGCGGUAGUGAACCGGUGA